AUAAUAGAGCGCCUCCACGACUCCGUCCCCGUCCUCCUCCCCGACUCGAAACUCCGGAACUACUGGGACGCGCUCAUGUUCGUCGUCAUCUUCUACAACUGCAACCUGACGCCCGUGUCCAUCACGGCGCCGCCGGCGGCCGACAUUUUCAGGAGGUUGCGGCGCGUCGACUUCGCGAUCGAUGUGUUGUUUCUCGUGGACACGCUGCUCGGCUUCUGCUGCGCGUUCCACGACCCCCACACGAAGGAGCUCGUGGCCCAGCGCAAGGGCAUCCGCGACGCGUAUCUCCAAUCGGCGCGCUUGAAGCUGAAUCUGUUGGCCGUCAGUCCGUUGUUGACGUUACCGAACCCGCUGUCGUCGCUCUUUGGGGGCGGCGCGUGCAAGGUGCUGUUUAAAGGUUCAUCAAAAAGAAUCUCGAGGAAGACCUGCCUCAAGGCGGCUAGAUUGACGCGGUCCUCCCGAAUCUUCCUCUUCUUCGCGCAGCUCGAGGCCGUGCGCAAAAUCCUCGAAGAUCAGAAGCUCCUGGUCAUGAACGGCGCGGCCUUCCGCAUGCUCCAGAUUAUUGUCUCGUUGAUCUUCAUGUGUUCGUUCUGCGGGGGCUUCUACUUCUUCCUCGCUUGUAAUGAUCCGUCGCCCGACAAGCAACCGAAGUGCGGCUACGGCACGUCGACGACCUGGGUCGGCGCGGACGCCGUCUUUCAGUCCGGAAGAACGUCCUGGGACGCGAUUAUCGCAAGGGCCUUCCACUUCUGCGUGCAGACGCUGUUCACGAUUGGGUAUGGAGACAGCGUCGCGCCCGUCUCGGAGGUCGAGCUGAAGUUCGCCGUCGCGCUCAUGCUCGCCGGCGCCGUCGUCUACGCUUUGGUGAUUGCGAACAUGACGUCGGUGCUGGCCAACGCCAAUGUAUUAUAUGCGCGCCACGUCGACGAGCUCGCGGCCGUGACGCAGGUGGUAGAUGAUCGGGACCUGCCCGAGGGCCUGCGGCAGCGUAUCAAAUUGGAAUUCGAGUACGUCUGGGCGAAGCAGUUCGGCGUGCCGGACCGCCACUUGCUACGGGGGCUGCCCGCGGCGCUCCGAGACGAGCUCGCCGCGCCCGUCGUGGACCACCUGACGAAGGUGCCGUUUUUUGAUCCUAAUCAUAGAAACGGCUCCGACGCGCUCGCGCGGGCCGUGGCCCGUGGUUGUAAAAUUCGCGUCUACGUGCCGCGCUCUACCAUAUUCGCCGCGCGCGAGCGGCGGCGCGAGCUGGUUAUCGUACGGGCGGGCGCGGCCUACGUGUUCCGGGAUGGAAGGAGACGGCCGUCGGCGGUGCUGCGGGAGGGCGACUUCGUGGGAGACGUCCAGUUUUUAUUUGACGCGCGGCACCCCGUCUCCGUCCGGACGGGCGCCCAGGUCUGCGAGGUGUUUGUGUGGACCCCCGACGUGCUGGGGGACGAAGUUAUCAGGGAGGACGCCGCGCCCGUGAGGGCCACGCUGGAAGCGUACCAACGACGCCUCGAGGCCUGGAGCCGCGGCCGCGUCGACGAGGCCUCGCUGCAGCACGCGCGGCCGACGCUGGUCCAGCAGGCGCCGUCGACGAAGCGCCGAUAUCAAAUAGGUACCUACGACCACAUCCGAGGCGCCUGGGAGCCGUGCCUCUUCGCCGCCGUCUUCUUCUCCUUUCUCGUGGUCCCGUUACGUUCGGUACUGUACUGCACGGACUGGCGGUCGCGGGCCUUCGAUCCGACUCUGGUAAUAGAGUACGCCUUAGAUGUCGUGUUUUUGAUGGAUAUGUAUUUGCGGUUGUAUCACAUGGAGGCGCCGGAGGUUUACAAAAACUCGGUCCGGUUCAAGGUUGAUGUGGUUGCGAAUGUACCUUAUGUCAUACUGGCGCCGCUAUUGAACCACCCCCAGCGGUACGCUAUGUUACGGUAUCCGCACCUGCUCCGAGGUUUUAACCUUAAGACCUACCUUAUUCAGAUACGAGACUACCUCGAGGUGAAGCACUCGAUUAUGAUCAGGGACAAGACCAUCACGAUCUUCCAGCGGACCUACGAGACGGUCUUCCUCAUCCACGGCAUGGCGUGCUUCUGGGCCAUUCUUAAAUCACACGGACGCGACGGAAGGACCUUCUCCAGCUCCUACGUCCGGUCCGUGUAUUACGCGUUGGUCAUGUCGACCACGGUCGGUUAUGGGGACGUGGCCCCCACAACGGUCUCGGAGACGUGGUUCGCCGUCGUCGCCGGCGCCGUCGGCGCGACGUGCUUCGCGGGCGUUGUUGCAAAUAUUACGUCCUUCGUGCACAGCGUGGACAUCUCCGAGGACAACCUCGCGCACAAGCGCUGCGUGUUGAAAACGUUCUGCGAGGAGCGGAACCUGUCGCCCUCCCUCAAGGAUGACGUCAAGCAGUACUUGGACUACGUGGAACACGAAAAGGGCGGGCUGGACGACCUGAAGCUCAUCAACCAAAGUUUGUCGGACCACACGCGGGACGACGUCGCUUUAUACAUGGCGCAUAGACCGAUCCUGGCCUGUCCGGUCUUCCGCGGGCUCGAGGGCGGGUUCAUACGACGCAUCACGCUCGAGUUAGUCUCGCAUUUCUACUCGCGCGGGACGCAGGUCGUGCGCCAAAACCAGGGAAGUGACGGCGCCUUCUUCAUCGCGUGCGGGGACGUCGAUAUUUCCAUAGACGACGACACGAUCGCCGCGCUCGCGUCGCCCGGAUGCGUCGCCGAGGGGGCCUUACUCUCGGACAGUAACAUGCCCUACGCCGCGACGUGCGCGUCGUACUGCGAGCUGUGGUUCCUCUCCCGCCUAAGAUUCGACGCGACGCUGGAGUCGUACCCCGACGCGCGCGCCGAAAUUACGAAGACGCUCCCGAAGCGCGUCAAGACGUACAAGAAACGGUCGAAGCGCACGAUCUCGCGGCCGACGGGCCUCGUCGUGAACCCGGUCGUCGUCUCGCGCGUGGCCCAGUCGCGGCUGCCGCGGGGCGUCGUCCACCCGGAUAGGAUCUUCAUGAAGGCCUGGGCCUUCCUGCUGCUGUUUUUUGUGGUGUGGAACGUCUUCUGGGUGCCGUUCCGCGCGUGCUUUACGCGGGGCGUCGCGUUCGAUGCCAAUUUGGUGGGGUUAUUCGUCGUGGAUUAUCUGGGCGACGCCGUGUUCCUUACGGACAUUGUUCUGCGGAGCUGCUGCGUCGCGUUCUAUGAGGGCGACGCGCUGAUCACGCGGCGGCGCCGGAUCUGGGAGAACUACGCGUCUUUAUACAGACACGUGUUUGCCUCGUUGCCGUUUGACGUACUCUACUUUAUAUCAGGGAAGUCGCCCCUGCAGACCCUCGCUCUAUGGCGACUCCCGAAAUUAGUACGUUUGAUGGAUGCGCCGGCGCUGUCGAAGCGAUGCGAGGACAUUUUGCAGGAGAGCGGCGUGCGCGUCAACAAGAAUGUGGUCCGGCUCGGGCGGCUCGUGGGCGCCGUCGUCGUCACGGCCCACCUCUUCGGGUCGGCCUUUUACGCGCUCGCGUCGCUCCAGAGCGACGCGUGCGCCCGCUACGCGUCGAAUGAUGCCGACGUCUAUUGUCGGACCUGGGCCAUGGCCCACCCCUUCGACCAACAAGGCUUCUGGCCGCCGAACCUGUUGGACGUAAGGUGGAGGAGCCACAUCACUUUUGAAAACCCGCUCCGGUUAAAUACGUCGACACCGAUCGCCUUCGGCGCCUGGGGCGCGCGGCGGCCGCACGAGCUCAGACUCACGGAUACGAUAAUCCGGAGGCGCUACGUGAACGCGCUGUACUGGGGCUGCGCGACGAUCACGACGGUUGGGUACGGCGACGUCGCGCCGUCCUCCUUAUACGAGGUCGGCUUCGCCAUCGCGUGCAUCGUCGUCGCGGUCGUCGUGUACACGCUGGUGAUCGCGAACUUGGAGGACAUCGUGGCCAACCUGGACGUCACAUCUACUCUCUACGCGCUGAAGCGCGAGAAGGUCAAGCAGUGGUGCCUGCGGAGUUCGUUGCCAGGCAAGCUGUCGACGCAGGUCGCGGACUACUACGACAAGCUCUGGGCCCAGCAGAAGGGCGUCAAGGGGACGGCGGUGCUGGCGAUGCUGCCCGAAAACCUCCGGAGCCGCGUCGCGCUCGAGUUGUGUGGAGACGCCCUACGAUCGAUACCGUGCUGCCGCGGGCGCGCGCUCGAGGACCUCGCGCUGAAAUUGCGAUUGGACCUCUACGCGCCGGGGUCCUACCUGUUCCGCGCGGGCGAGUGCGCCGCGCGCCUGUUCGUCGUCGCGGCCGGGGGCGUCGCGCUCGAAGACGACGACGGCGCCGUCCUCCAUACGAUCGAAAGGGGCCUCGUGGGCGAGGCCGAGUUCCUGCUGCGCCGGAUCCACGAGGUCGCCUGUAUCUCCACUGAUUACGCGCAGAUCUUCGAUUUGAGUUAUGGGGAUCUCAUGGCGGUGCUGCGGUUCCACAAAAAGUGGGACGAAUUUAGGGCGUAUUGCGUGGCACACGAAAAUACCAUAUCAGGGAAGAGCGUCGGCGACGGUCGCGGGAUCCGCGCGACGGACUUUCACGUCCGGAGCGCCGAGAAGCGGCGGUCGCGCGACGCGUCCGGAUCAUGCGUCGCCCACCCGGCGUCGCGCUUCAAGCGGCUCUGGGUCGUCGCGUGCCUGGGGCUCAGCCUCUACUCGCUGGUGAGCGCGCCGUUCGGCGUCGGGUUUGCGAGGCGGUACUCCCGGACGACCUGCGCGAUGGACGCCAUCUUAUUUGUCUUCUUCUCUAUCGAUUUGGGUUUGAACCUCGCGGUCUUCGCCGUGAAGCGCCAGGGCAAGGUCAUUCUAGAAAGAAAGGUCUUCCGAGACUUAUACGUGAGGACCGACUUCGUGUAUGAUCUCGUCUCGCUCCUGCCGCUGUCGUUAAUUGUAGCACUAUCGACCCCGGACGUCUUCGCCAAGAAGGCCUACGAUCCGACGAUCCACGCCCUGCGGCUCGUGCAGGCGUUGCGAGCAAGGCGCCUGCCGGCGUACGUCGACGGCGCCGCCGCGUACCUCGAGGAGCGGUGGCAGCUCAACCUCUCGGGCGACAUGACCUACCUCAUCUUGCUGUGCGCGUCGGUGUUGCUGAUGUGCCACUGGCUCGCGUGCGCGCUCGCGUACCUCGGACGGUACGAGCUCUGGCGCGCCAAGGCAUCGGAUCAAUUCGCGUUCUGGUCCCUUGGAAAUUCUAAACAUGACCGGGCGUGGCGCUGGUACGCCGACGAGGGCCUCGGGUGCCGCGAGUACGGUCGGGAGAAGCGCAAGCACGCCGCGAACGUCUGGGUCUGCGAGGCGUACCCCCCGAACCCGGCCCUGCGCAUCGCCGACGCCUCCAUGUAUGAUCGGUGGCUCGUGGCCUUCUACUGGGCCGUCUACACGUGCAGCACGGUGGGCUUCGGGGGCGUGUCCCUCAACUCGAACGCCGAAAAGCUCCUCGCGUGCCUCGGCAUGGUCUUGGGGGCGGUCGUCUGCGACGCGGGCAUCGCGGCGGUCCUGACGGCCGUCGUGGAGCACAAGGACCACCAGCACGGCACGAACCGGCGGCGGCGGGAGUGUGGGAGGCGCAUGAUGGCCGCGGCGCGCGUGCCCAUGGAAGCGCGAAUGAGGGUAGCGGCCUACUUUGACUAUGUGGAUGACGACCUCCAUAAUCUAGAUGAUGCGACGGUCCUCGACGAGCUGAACGUGGCGCUGCGCCGGGGUAUUCUGCGGCACGCGGCCCAUGCCAAAUUAUGCGACUCGCUCGUGCACGGCGGUUUGGAAGCCGGCGUCGUGGCGUCCAUGGUCCACGACAUGCGGCCCGUCGUCGCGGCGCCCGGCGAGCGCAUCCUCGAGGCCGGCCAGCCGGACCCCGCGGCCUACGUCUUCGCGGCCGGCCGCGCGCACGCGGUCGACGACCGCGGCCACGAAGAAUAUCUAAGCGUGGGCGCGAUCCUCUCAAAUAAUGAAUUUCGGCAGGUGGCGAAGCGCGUCGGCGUGCCGACGCGGCGCGUCACGUUCCACAUCGAGCGGUGCCGCGGCCUGCCGCCCCAGGCGUCUUUGUUAUCUCGCGCCGCGGGCGCGUCGGCCUGCGACCCCUUCGUCGAGGUCACGGUGGUCUCGAAGACCGUCUUCGGCCAGUCCGUCAAGACCUGCCGCACGCGAGUCCGGCGCUUCUCGACGGACCCCCUCUACGACGAGACCUUCUCCCUCAAAGCCUACCACCAGACGCGGACGGCCCUGGUGACCGUCUACAACUGGGCGCGGGGCGUCGAGGGCCGGCGACUGGGCCAGGUCGAGGUCGAGGUCCAGGAGCCGCGGAACCGGCGGCCGCGGUGGCACCGGCUGCGCGACGCGCGCGGGCGGCGCGUCGGCGACGUGCGCCUGCGCGUGGCGUGCGACCCGCUGGGGGAGGCGGAGGUCUCGAAGACGGCCGAGGUGACCGUCGUGGCCGACGGCUUCUGCCACCUGUACGAGCUGUCCUUCGAGGCGCAGGCCAACGUCAAGCGGUACAUCCGCGGCCUGCGGCUGACGCUCGCGAAGCGCCUGGAGACGCUGGACGACGCGCCCGCGGUCGACUGGCGGCCCGCCGCCGGCGCCCUGGACGCCCUGGCCCCGGACCCGGACCUCCGGCCGGGCGGCGCGCCCGCGCGCGGCUUCGAGGCCUACGCGUCCGAGGCGUUCGCGCGGCGGCCGUCGCCGGUGGGCCUGCCGUCGUCGCGGCGCAACUCGUUCGGGGACCGCGCGACCACCCGGGCGCCCUCGGUGUCGUUCGACCACCGCCGGUCGCGGCACUCGUCGGCGCAGAGCCUGCGGCGGCAGUCGUCGCGGCUCCACCACGCGGGGCGGGUCUCCCCCGUCUCCUAG